AAGAUCCCGCCGAAUCGAACAGCGAGUUCCCAAACGCAGAGGCCGAGCCCAUUCCUUCGAAGUCGAAAUCCCUCGCCGCCCUCCUGGCCGAAGCUCACGGCCUCGUGUUCCCUCUCCGUGGCGAUAUACAAUUGCUAGAUCGCUUCCAUUUCCGACUACUCUCGAAGGCUUGCAUUUGAAACGAGGUCAGGUUUGUCUUUUUUGUUGUUUAACGCCGCAGUUCUAAUUCUGAAUCUUGAUUCAGAAUUUCAGACUUGUUCUUGCUUCUUAGAUAGGAAUUUUCGAGAUUUCGUACUGAGGAUUUAAGAUCUAAGACUUAGACGAUGGCGAGAGAGGAUUGCGGAGUUUAUCACGAGAGGCAAAAGCUACAGUUGUGUCUCUUGCACGCUCUCAAUAACCUAUUUCAGGAAAAGGAUGCAUUUACUCGAGCAAACUUAAAUGCAAUUGCUGAAAAGCUGGUGCGCGAUGUGCCGAACCAAGAAACUUGGACGCCAUUAUCAAUUGUCUUUAAGCCUCAUCACAACACAGUAACCGGAAAUUAUGACAUAAAUGUCCUAAUUUCAGCUCUGGAAGAGAAAGGGAAGAGUGUAGUGUGGCAUGACCAUCGGAAUGGAGCUUUCUCAAUCGAUUUGGAUGGACCUGAUCAUACUUGUAAACUAAUGGGAAUUGUACUUAAUGUCUCAGUUAGAAGGUUUGGUGGCAUUUGGAAAAGUAGGCACUGGGUUGCUUUGAGAAAGAUCGAUGGAUUAUGGUAUAAUUUGGACAGUGAUCUGCCGGAUCCUCAUCCAUUUAAGGACACUGACGAAUUAAGACAAUUCUUGGAUCAUGUGAUCAAUGACAACGGGGAAAUUUUGCUUGUUAUGAAUGACAGGAACUAAAUCUUAUCCCUUGAAUACUCAUGUUUGUGCUGGAAUCAAAUGUAAAAUAAGAAAUAUAGCUGGAUUGCUUUGGCUGUUUAUUUGCAGCCCAAUUUGCAUACCAAAAUCUACUUGACUCGAGUUAAUAUUUCUGAUUCUUUCAUAUUGUUUAUAAAGAAGGGAAAUGAUUUGAAGUGAAAAGUAACAAGAAACAGUUCGUGUCUAGAAUCAAACCUGAGUGUUUUGAAGAUGGGUACCGUGAGGGGAUUUUGAAUUUGCUAAGCUGCUGGGCAAUCCACUAUUAGACGAAAUGGCGCCUGGUGUUACAGAGAAAUAUGGUUUGUUAUUUUGAAAAAAAUUCAGAUAUUAUACAAGCUAACGACUGCCUCACCAACAACCUCUACUGGUUAAGGCAUAAGGGCUCUACGAGCAUCAGAGACCUUUCUUCUAAUUCCAUGACGACAACAUUGGAGCAGAAGGUUAAGAAACCGAACUCAUCCAGCAACAACAGAACUGGGAGAAGCACUUUUCAAAAGUGUAGAUUUCCAUCCCCCAAAUCGCUUAAAAGACUGCAAUUCUCUCCACUGUGCUUUCUAAAGCACCUAGCUGAUAAAGUGACUCGAGCUCUGCAUUUCAUGGCUAUGAAGAGAAAUCGACCCCUUCAAAAACAACAUGUUCCAGCGGCCGUGCCCGUUGCGAGUUCCAAGGCAGUCCAGGUCCCUGCCACCAUCGAUUCACAUAGAACAGAGGCUGUGGAGGACUGCAUCAAGUACAUCAACGCUUCCACUUAGCUCACACCAAAUUCUUGUAAGAUUUUCUCCUGACAAAUGCGUAUAUAUGUGGGGUUUUUGUGGGUUUUAAUGUCUGAUAUCAUAUUGUUGCGGAUCAUGAAUUAUGAUGCAAUAUGUUCUUGUUUAGAUGAAAAAAACGUCCAUUCAUCCAUCA